AUGUUCGCUUCUUCUCUUCGUCUUGCAUUCCUGCCAAAGGGCCCUUCUAUGGCCCGUAGCUUUAGCUACACCUCCCCAGCCCGUGUAGCCGAGGUCAAGUCCCUCGGUGUUAUCGGCGCAGGGCAAAUGGUUCCUGUCACACUGGUCGACAGUUCACAGGCUUCAUUGGACAAGGGUCUCAAGUUUGCCGACAAACUCCUGGAGAAGGACGUUGCCAAGCAGCGCAUUACUCGGGAGGCUGCUGAUGCAGCCCGAGGUCUUCUUACCCCGACUAUCAAGAUUGAUGAUCUAUCUUCAGUCGACUUUGUGAUCGAGGCAGUGCCUGAGAUCCCAGAUCUCAAGACCAAGAUCUUCUCCAGCUUAGCACAGAUUGCUCCUAAGCAUGCCAUUCUCGCCACCAACACUUCCUCCAUCUCUAUCACUAAGAUCGCUGCUGCUACUAGCACCGACCCUACAGACCUCCAGGCCUCAUCCCGUGUCAUCUCCACUCAUUUCAUGAACCCAGUCCCAAUUCAGAAGGGUGUGGAGAUCAUUCGUGGUCUUCAAACCUCCCAGGAGACAAUGGACACCGCCAUUGCCUUCGUGGAGCGAAUGGGUAAGGUCGCCUCAGUGUCUGCUGACUCGCCCGGAUUCCUGGCCAAUCGCAUCCUCAUGCCAUACCUGAACGAGGCAGUCAUUUGCCUGGAGACCGGCGUGGGUGGUCGCGAGGAUAUCGACAACAUCAUGAAGACCGGCACCAACGUCCCCAUGGGUCCCCUUGUUCUCGCCGACUUCAUCGGUCUGGAUACUUGCCUCGCCAUUAUGAAUGUUCUCCACCAAGAGACCGGUGACAGCAAAUACAGACCUGCUGGUCUACUACGCCGCAUGGUGGAUGCCGGAUGGCUGGGCCGGAAGAGCGGCAAGGGCUUCUACGAUUAUUAG